AUGUCCGCCAUCAGGGAUAUUAUCCUUAAACCACCGGAAAAGGAUGCGUACGAUGUUCUGAAGGCUGCAAUCCUUCAGUUCUAUACCCCCUCUAACGAGGAGAGGUUGCGCCAGUUGCUGGCUCGUCACCCGAUCGGUGACACGACGCCAAGCAGGCAUCUGGCGCGUCUACGCUCGCUAGCCGGCCCAGCAAACGCCCACUCUGACAUUGUCAGAGAGCUGUGGCUCGAGUCGUUGCCACGUCACGUCCAACCGACGAUAACGGCUCUGCUGGAAGAUUCCUCAAUCGACAAAGCUGCGUCGAUUGCAGAUAAGAUAGUUGCACGUGUCGGUAAUGAGGAUAAUUUCCUCGUUGCCACGACAUCGCAACCGUAUAGGGGGAACAGGGAUAAAUAUGCGGUACGGCCUUCACAGCCACGACCACAUUGCAUACACCAGCGUUUGUCUUUCAAGGACAGAGUCCCGGUGCCCACAGCGAACCCCUAUAGGGCUAAGCCUAGGUUGGAACGGGCAGCACAGCCUGCCCACGUUCGCCAAAAGCAACCAAAGGUUCAGAAGCCACCCUCGCGCAAACCACCCAAAGCCCCGGAUGACCCAACUGAGGGUUACUGCUGGUUCCAUCGUAGCUAUGGACCAGGAGCUCGCAGUUGCAGGAAGCCCUGCACCUACGCGACGGGAAAAGGGUAA